AUGAGAACAGCGUCCAGAACAAGACCAUUGGGAUCUGAGGUAGAGCUUGAUGUUGUUGACCUGCUUCGAGUGGAUGUUGCUGUCGCUUCUUCCGAUUACCUCCCAGGAGCAGUUCUUCCACGCACCCGGACUGGGCAUGAACAUGCGGGCCAGGUCGAGAACAUGGACACCUCAGUGACUGUCAUCUGGUCCAUGAUUGCGCUCAAAACCGGGUACGAGGAUAUGCACAACUCCCUCAAGGUUAACUUGUUGGCGGUCAUGGUCUGUUCUCGUCUUCACACACAUAGACCCAUAGCUGGCAGUUCGUUUUCUUCACCACAAUCUCGACCUUUUACUCGAGCACGUCCGAAGCGAGAUCUUGAUGACUGGUUGGUGCUUGAGCUGUCCUCUGACGUUGCUCCGGUGCGCAAACGGCGGUGGAACCUACAUCACCACUCUGACGAACUGCGUGUAGUCACAUGGCUUCAGGGUCUCAGAUACCAUCAUCCCCGCUGUCGAGCAUCCGGUUUUGCACGUCACUGGGCUGUAAUACGGGAUUCGGAUGCUGUUCAAGAAAGAUUCCGUGGUGUAGCACGAGGCAUCGGUGAUGCAGUACUGCAAGAGUUUGGCGAGCAACUCACCCCCCUGAUCGAUCAGCUCUGCGGCCGUAUGCUCGGUCACAUCCACGCCCGUGGUGCCAUCUACCGCCACAAUCACCGGCCAGAUCGUGAUCGAGUCGUUCCGCUUCUACGUGUUGCACCACAGGUUCCUGAUUCUGUAGAUUCAUAUAUUCACGUCGUUGCCCAAGAUGACGGCCUUGAUCCUGUGCUUCUUCUUGCGAUCGAUCCAGUGCGAGAUAGUGCCCAACUCCCUGAGUAUGUUCAUGUACUUCCUUCUUCAGGACGCCAGGUGCCUGAUCCCAACCGCGUGCACGAACGAGGCUGCGUCCAAGGCAUCUAG